AACGCCAGUUCACGGGAUUGGCCAGUCGUUUCAGCGGGUGCGAGAGAGAAAAUCUGGGGGCGUUCGCGCUUGAAAUUUCUCCCUUUGCCUAGGUACCACGGAGGAGCAGUUUCUUUGGUCGUUCUGUCCCUAGGCGUGCCCUGGCGUGCCGGCAUUUUGCCAUGUGUCGGCUGGCGAUCUGUGCGUCGCGUACAAGCACGAUCGUGCUGUCGAGGACCGGAUUCGUCGACGCAGGGUCUGAGCAUGCACUGCAUCAGGCCUAUCUACUGCUACCUCCGGCUGUCUGCCCUGCUGGCUUCAUCGGACAAAACAAGUCGCAGGAAGCUGUACCACGUGCACUGCACUGGGACCACCUGACCAGCACGGUGACGUCGACGGAGACAUCGUGGCACCCGGAUAAAAGCAGCAGCCUUUUCGACGUUCCCUUCAGUGGACUUGGAAGCACCGAACGAGCACGGAUGCUGAUCAAAUUUUUUCUGAUCGCACAGCGCCCGUCUCGUGCUUCUGAAAAGAGCUUGCGGUAUUGGCGUGAACAGACAGGUUUCACAGAACUUUGUUUUAUGUCAAGAUGGGCUGACACCAUGUCACCUGAUGCUGUCACUCUCUGGUCAGCUCUUUGCAAGGACAUGGUGCUAUGCAGCCUUCAGCUGCUGAAGAGGCAAGAUUACAUUUCUGAAUUACACUACACGAUUACAUUACAUUUGAAGAGGCAAGAUUACAUAUUUAAGUGUUUCAAUGUUUGGUGUCAUUGAUAAACCGUCAUAGGGAUUAUCUGCACCAGUGUUAUCAGGUACGUAAGUGAAGAAAUUUAUUGUGUGUACCAAGUUUACAGCUAGGUUGCCAAUUUCAUCCUUCACUGUUGGUAACCUUGUUCGCACAAGACAUUACUGAACCAUUGUAAAAGCAUUGCACUGGACUGGACAUGUGCAGAUUGUGGUUCAGAUCCUACCCAGGGCAAAAAUGUCUUCCACUUUUAGUUCCUUUACUAAAUAUUGCCAUUGUUAUCAAUUUCUAUCCUACAGUUAGAACUUAAUUUUCCAAUUACAUUCCAUAGCAUAAGUUAUUGCCACUUCCAUAGUGGCAUGCCACCAUAGACGGGCAAAACAGUCUGCAAUCGAAAACAUGUGCAGCAUUUCCAGAUUAACUUAAAUAUAAACAUCACUGUUACUGACUGAAUUGAUGCACAUAAUUUGAUUAAUGUCAAUAUAAAAAUUGUCAAUUAAAGCUUUCAGCAAUUAUUUUUAA